AUGAAGAGCCUGAAAAGAGGGCUCGCAGCAGACCCGAAUGCCAGUAACAUCACUAGUAAAGUCUUCAUCAGAUCCACUCGAAGCGGCCGAGUGCAGAAAGUUGUCAAGGAACAAUAUCUGAGAAAAGACAUUGCCUGUUCGUCGCAACUAUGUUCCUCUUGUCUUUCAACCGCGGCGACAGAUGCCAAUGGAAAUGUACCCAAGUUCAUCCUGUCGAAACGACCCGUCGGUACUACAGUCUUCCCGGAUGGCCACUACCUGUUGCCUGACACAAAUGUCCUCCUCAGUGGAAUGGAUCUCUUCGAAGAGCCCGACCAUUUCCACGACGUCAUUAUCCUUCAAACCGUCCUCGAAGAGCUGAAGAAUAGAAGUCUUCCCCUUUUCAACAGACUUAUGGCCCUGACCAAGAGCGAGGAGAAACGUUUCUACUUAUUUUUCAACGAAUUCCGUGCUGAGACUGCAGUCAAGAGAGAUGAGGGAGAAACCAUCAAUGACAGGAAUGAUCGCGCCGUCAGAAGAGCUGCGUCUUGGUACACUGCCCACUUGGCCAGCGCAGUCAAGAAGAAGGCGCCUGCCAUUGUGGUCCUCACCAAUGACCAGGAAAACAGAUCCAAGUCAAAGAAAGAAGGGUUGAAUGCGCUUUCACUGAGAGAAUAUGUUGGUGGUUUGACAGACGCUGAUCGUCUCCUCGAUAUGGUCAGCACGAGCGCCGAUAGCCACGAAGCUCGUGUGGCGUCUGGUGAAUUGUUCUACCCAGAAUAUUACUCCAUGUCACGUAUGACCACUGGUAUCAAGGCGGGCACACUCCAUCAAGGAGUGUUUCAUGUUUCAGCCUUCAACUAUCUCGAGGGCACUGUCAAGGUUCCUGCAUUUGACAAACCACUCCUCAUCCUUGGCCGCGAGAGCAGCAACCGCUCAGUUUCGGGCGAUGUCGUCGUUGUUGAGAUUCUCCCCAAAGACCAGUGGAGGUCACCCUCCGACCAAAUUUUAGAUGAAGAUGCCCUUAAUAAGAACGAAAAUGCCGAGAACGAAGAACACGAGGAGGCUGUGGUUACUGAGAGCGAAAGGCGUGCCUUGCAAGAAGAAGUUCGACGAGCUCACACGGCUGGAGCAGACACCCGUGCCCAACCUACCUGCCGAGUGGUGGGUGUGAUGAAGAGGAAUUGGAGGCAACUUGUGGGGACGAUUGAUUCGGCCUCGCAAGGGUCUGGCAAUCGCCAAACCACUGUCUUCUUGGUUCCAAUGGACAAACGCAUUCCCAAGAUACGGAUACGUACCCGUCAAGUGGAUGAAUUGGUUGGGAAGCGGAUCGUUGCUGCGAUUGACUCAUGGAACCGAGACUCUCGAUAUCCUGAGGGUCAUUAUAUCCGAUCUCUUGGCGAACUUGAAACUAAGGAAGCCGAAACGGAGGCUCUUUUGCUCGAAUACGAUGUCCAAUACCGACCGUUCCCAAAAACGGUGUUGGAUUGUCUCCCGCCCGAAGGGCACGACUGGAAAGUUCCCCAAGAUAGCGCGGAUCCUGGUUGGAAAGGCCGCAGAGAUCUCCGAGAUCUUCUCAUUUGCUCUAUCGACCCUCCAAACUGUCAGGAUAUUGAUGAUGCGUUGCACGCGCGACCACUACCCAAUGGAAAUUUCGAAGUUGGAGUUCAUAUUGCAGAUGUGUCUCACUUUGUCAAACCCAACAAUGCCAUGGAUACCGAGGCCUCAGCCCGAGGCACUACUGUGUAUCUUGUCGACAAACGUAUUGACAUGUUGCCCAUGCUGCUGGGAACUGACUUGUGUUCUCUCAAGCCUUAUGUCGAACGCUACGCUUUCUCCACAAUCUGGGAAGUCACCCCAGAUGCCGAUGUGGUCUCUGCAACAUUUACGAAAUCUGUCAUCUUGUCUCGAGAGGGAUUCUCGUACGAGCAAGCGCAGAAACGUAUCGACGACAAGAAUGCCACGGACGACCUUACUCAAGGAAUGCGCAUACUAUUGGCUCUAUCUCAAAAGCUUCGGCAGAAGCGAAUGGAUGCAGGAGCGCUGAACCUGUCGAGUCCUGAGGUCAGGAUCGAGGCAGAUAGCGAAUCAUCCGAUUCCCUUGCCGAUGUCAAGACGAAAGCACACCUGGCUACGAACUCCCUCGUCGAAGAAUUUAUGCUUCUCGCGAACAUCACCGUGGCCAAGAAGAUUCAGUCGGUAUUCCCACAGACAGCCCUAUUACGAAGACACGCCACUCCCCCCGCCUCAAACUUUGCCGACCUCAGUGAGCAGCUCAAGAAAAUGCGCGGAUUCGAGCUAGACGUUUCAAGCUCUAAAGCCCUAGCAGACUCUUUGGAUCUGUGCGUUGAUCCUCAGCACCCGUUCUUCAACACAUUAAUUCGAAUCAUGGCGACGAGGUGUAUGACAUCGGCAGAGUACUUUUGCAGUGGCUCACACGCGGAGCCCGAGUAUCGUCACUACGGUUUGGCGAGCGAAAUCUACACUCAUUUCACCAGUCCCAUUCGACGAUACGGAGAUCUUCUCGCUCACCGUCAGCUGGCGUAUGCGAUCGGAUACGAUGGUCAAGGCAGUGAGAUUGUGGACGACGGCCUCCGAAACAAGACCAAAUUGGAACGAGUGUGCCAGAACCUGAAUCUGCGACAUCGAAAUGCUCAACUAGCCGGACGAGCCAGCAUUGAAUACUACGUGGGACAAGCACUCAAGGCACGAGCGGAAAAGACACCAGAUGCGGCGAUCGACGUUGAAGGAUACGUCUUGCGUGUCUUUGAGAAUGGAGUAGUGGUAUUUGUUCCUCAAUUUGGCAUCGAGGGAUUGGUGCGUCUGGAGGACUUCCAAGCGGUUCGCACAGAUCACGUCAAGCCAGAGAGUCAUUUCGAACCGGACAAUUACCGCUUGACUGUCUUUGAAAAGGGUAAUGAGAGUAAGGCGGUGAGCGUGGAAUUGUUCCAACAGCUCAAAGUCCGUGUGAGCUCAGAGGAGAAAGGAGGGGCUAGAGAAAAGGGGAAGAGAAGGGUGAGAGUUGUGGUACUUGCAGAAUAGAUGCUAGGAGGCAUUCUUGACCUCUAGCUCCGGCCUGGUAGAUGCCCUAUGGGUUUGGAACGCCACUUCAAGUAGGGUCAUAGAGUCAUGAGACUAUAACGACAUCCAUCAACGAGC